AUGAAUCAUUUAAACUUCACAUCUGAAAAGUUGAGUGUGGAAGAUUUAACAGAACUUGCGACUUCACCAAAAUGUGGGGCUGUUUCAGUCUUUCUAGGCACUACUAGGGACAAUUUUGAAAACAAAACUGUGGUCAAAUUGGAAUAUGAAGCUUAUGAGUCAAUGGCGCUGAAGUCUCUGGAAAAAAUAUGUGAAGAAAUACGUACCAAGUGGACACAAGUCGAAAACAUUGUCAUUUAUCAUAGACUGGGUGUUGUUCCUGUAAAAGAAGCAAGUAUAGUUAUUGCAAUAUCGUCACCACAUAGAGCCGACGCCAUACAGGCCACUGAGUGGUGUAUUAACACUGUCAAAGAAAAAGUUCCUAUUUGGAAAAAAGAAAUUUAUUCUGAUAGUCAACCUGAAUGGAAAGAAAACAAAGAAUCCUAUUAUCCACCAAAGUUGAAAAAAUUCAAACUAGACUUUGACCAAAAAGUGGAAGUUCCGACUGUGUCACCUCACUUGGUACAGAUAAAGGCAUCAAACACGGAUCUAACCAAAAGAAUUGAAAACUUUAUGGAAAGGAAAAGAAAUGACAUCAAUGUAAAUAAUGUAAGGGAAUUUUGUACUUCUGAGAGAAAUUCAGAAUUUACGUGUGCAAGAGUGGACGCAGUUUUGCAAAAACGAAAGGACUCAAAGGGACACUUGCAAGUUAGUCGUGUACUAAAUACAUAUCAUCGAGACCAAAUGAACGCCGAUUACUUAAUGAAAUAUAUUCCACCAAAUGGUAUUGAAGAAAGACUCCAAAAUUUAGAAGUGCAACUAAGUUUAAAUACAGCUGUCCCAAAAAAUGUUUACACUCGUUUAAAACGACUGGAGGAUCGCCUGUUGCAUCUGGAAUCCAUUUCACCUGAAUAUAUCAAUUUUUGGGACAAAACACACUUGGCUAAUAAAUUUGUUAAGAAGAAAAUUUUUACAGUGCAGGAGAUUGAUUCUCUGAUUUCAGAUUUGGAAAAAAAGAGUUCUGAAGAUAAAAAGACUUGAUCUUACGUAACUAACGUUUU